AUGUAUCAGUGCUUCGUGUCCAACAAUGAAGAGAGCGCUCAGGGUACGGCACAGAUCAACCUCGGAGGCGCGGCGCCGGUGCUGGUGCGCACGUUCAGCGGCGCGACGGUGUCUGCGGGCGCGGCGUGGACCGCGCAGUGCGAGGCGGCGGGCUGGCCGGCGCCGGCCGUGCAGUGGCAGGUGGACGGCGUGCCGCUGCCCGCGGGGGACCCCCGCGUCUCGGCGCCGGCGCCCGCGCCCUCCGCCGCGCAGCCGCGGCCGUCGCUGCUGUCGGAGCUGCGCGUGGCGCGCGUGCGCCCCGACGACGCGGGGGAGUACGCCUGCGUGGCGGCCAACGCGGCCGGCUCGGCGCGCCACGCCGCGCACCUGCGCGUGCUCGGCCCGCCGCACGUGAAGCCCAUGCGCGACCGCGUAGUCGCCGCCGGCAGCGACGCCGUCUUCGUCUGCCGCGUCGCCGGCUUCCCCAUCAGCGAGAUACGCUGGCUCAAGGACGGAAAGGCUUUACCUGAAAACCAUAGACAUCUUGUGUUUCCAAAUGGCACAUUAGUAAUAAGAAAUAUACACAAGAGUGAUAAUGCUGGAUAUGUGUGUGUGGCUUCCAAUCCUGAUGGCCAAACUUCGAGGAGCAAGCUGAAUGUCCAGGUCAUGGAGGCUCCAGCCAUUGACCCUAUACCCACGAAAUCUGAUCUUCAAGAGGGUAUGCGCAUACAUCUGAACUGUGUAGUUACCAAAGGGGAUUUUCCAAUUACAUUUCGCUGGCUAAAAGAUGGAUCAGAGAUACCUCCAGCACUAGCUGUGACUGAGAAGAGUCUCGAUGAUUACUCAAGAGCAUUAACAUUCAACAGCCUAUCUGUGCUUCAUUCAGGAAAUUAUACAUGCCAAGCCUCAAAUGCUGUUGCAACAACCAACCACACAACACUGCUGGUAGUAAAUGUACCCCCAUCAUGGAAAGUAGAACCCAAAGAUUCAGAAUCUCUGAUGGGUCAGAAUUUAUUAGUUUCUUGUGCAGCUGAGGGCUCCCCUAAACCUACCAUUAGAUGGACAAGAGAAUCUGGAAUGCCACCAUCAACAUAUGAAGAUCUCAGCCAUACUAUGAACAAUUACAGAAUCCUGGAAAAUGGAAGUCUCUGGAUUCAAAACAUCCAUCCCGAGAACAAAGGAUACUACUCCUGUCAGGCCACUAAUGGAAUAGGAAUGGGCUUAAAUAAAAUUAUUUAUGUCACUGUUCAUGUGCCUGCCACAUUUUCCUCUCCGGUGCAGAAUGUGACAGUGGUUAAAGCUGGUGUUGCCACAUUGGAUUGUGUUGCAAAGGGAGACAAACCAAUUUCUAUUAACUGGUUUUUACAAGGACAGCCAUUUGAUCCAGCACAACACCCUAGAGCAGAAGUAAGUGAAGAGAGUCUGGAAUUCGGAGUCCAUUCAAGGCUCCUGAUAAAGAAUGUCAACAGAGAUGAUUCCUCCUCUUUCAUAUGUCAAGCUACAAACCACUUUGGAAGUGACCGUUCUGACUUCCAUCUCAUAGUCCAGGAAACUCCAGGGCCUCCCACUAACGUGCAUGUGACUGGUCACACGAGCAGAUCUGUUAACCUCACGUGGGACCAUUCAUAUGAUGGAAACAGCCCUGUAUCUGUAUACAUUAUACAGUAUAAAAGCACAAUGGCAUCUUCAUGGCAAAAGAAUGUGCAGCAAAUCAUAGUGGAUGGAGAACAGACAAGUGCCAGUAUUAAUGAUCUGCUCCCUGCUCAUACAUAUCACUUACGUGUACUGGCUAGAAAUUCACUUGGUGUGUCAAAUGGUAGUAGCAUAAUCACCAUAACAACUGCAGAAGAAGUUCCUGGUGGACCACCACGUGAUAUCCAGGUGCAGGCUAGGAACUCAGAAACACUCCUUGUUACCUGGAAGCCUCCAGAAGAACAUCUUCAUCAUGGUGAAAUAAUGGGGUAUUACAUUGGAUACAGAGCAGCAAAUUCAUCAGAGCCAUUCCACUACAAAACAUAUGAAGUAAUUCCUGGCAUGGAAUUAAGGAACAUACUGUCUGGACUUCGUAAGUUUACAGAAUACAGUGUACUGGUGCAGGCAUAUAACAGGGCAGGUGCUGGACCAAGGAGUGAAGAAGUUUUAGCAAUGACAGAUGAAGAUGUUCCAGGAUCUCCACCUUCAGAAGUCCACUGCACAGCCUUAUCAUCACAGAGCAUUUUGGUAGUUUGGUCUUCCCCUCAAAUAUCUGACAUAAAUGGGGUUCUCCUUGGUUACAGAGUCACUUAUAGAACUGUAAUGGAAUGGGAUGAUAUUUCAACUCCAUCAGAGCAAACUACACAGGUCCAGAAACUGGAAAUUUUUGGUUUACAACGAUACUGCAACUACAGCAUUGAGGUGAAGGCUUAUACAAGGAAAGGAGAUGGUGUUCCUAGCAAGCCCAUCUUCUGUAGGACUCAAGAGGAUGUGCCUGGUGCCCCAGAUGAUAUAAAAGCACUGGUGAUGGACUCCAGAACUCUCCUCAUCUCUUGGCGGCCACCCAGAUUUCCUAAUGGUGUGAUUAUCAACUAUAAAGUCUACAUACAGUCCCUGGAUGGUGCUAGCUUGCCAAUGGAGCAGUUUGAAGUGCCACCAAGUCAGACACAUUACACUUUGUCACAUCUAUCACCACAACGGCGCUAUGAAAUGAAAGUUUCAGCAGCAACAGCUGCAGGUGAAGGUGUGCCAAGCACAAGUGUUGUCCAAGCACCAUCAACACACACACCUGCAAGAAUUGCAUCAUUUGGCCAUAAAAUGAAGGUUGCACGUGGGGAGGAACUACAGUUACCCUGCAUUGCUGUUGGUCAGCCUCCUCCACGCCGAGAGUGGUUCCACGGUGGGAAAUCAAUACAAGAAGAUGAUCAUCUCCGUAUCAAUUCUGAAUGGACACUUCUCAUUCCUGCUGUAAAAUUAAGUGAUACUGGAAAUUAUACAUGUUCAGCUGAAAAUGUGUUUGGAAAAGAUGAAAUAACUUACUUUCUGUUGGUUCAAGAGAGCAGGAACAAAGGCAUUCCCUUAGCACCGACAGACUUUGAAGUGUCAAAGUCAACAGUCUCUAGCAUUUCAUUGUCCUGGAAGUCCUCACUGUCAACCACAAAUACGGUUCAGGGAUAUUACUUGAAUUACAAAAGGGAAUUUGGAGAAUGGGAGAAAAUAAAGUUGUCAGCAGAAGAGAAUGAUUUCACUCUCGAUGGGCUCCAGUGUGGAACUAAGUAUCAGUUCUAUCUCCAAGCUUUCAACCAGCUUGGUCAAAGUGCACCCUCAGAGACUAUUACAUCACAUACACGGGGCACAGCACCAAUAGCUCCAAGCAAAAGUCAUUUGAUCAGAGUCAACUCUACAUCCAUAUCAUUGAAUGUUGGAUCAUGGGGGACAGGUGGCUGCCCUAUUACUACUCUAGUUGUUGAAUACAAGCCAAGGCAGCAACAUGAGUGGACAUUGGUCUCUAACAACCUGAAAUACCAGCAGAUUGACUUCCCUGUGCUUGACCUCAGCCCUGAGACAUGGUACACGCUUAGAAUGACAGCACAUAACAGUGCUGGAUCCACUGUAUCCACUUACGAUUUUAUCACUCUUACUAAUUCAGGUGCCAUUGUGGAGCCAGACUUAAUAAUUCAUUCAGGUUACAAGUACAACCAUUUUUAUAAAGACCUUGGUGUCAUCAUUCCAGUAAUAACAUCUUUGGUAACAGUCAUAGUUGCUGGUAUUGGAAUAUUUCUGUAUUUUCGAAGAAAGCAAGAAUCACUUCCUGACAAUAAAUUUGUAGGCACAACAUCUGAGAAGUCAUGUGAUAUGGCUCCAACAGGGGGCACUUCUGCAUGUACUGAUCAGAAAGUUUCUGGAUGUACCAUGAUGCCAAGCAGUCCCCGAACAGCCAGUGGGGACAGAGAAGAACCACUCUACCUACCUGAACCAGUGCCACCAGCUGCUCCAGCAUCCACUGACACUGUAAAUCCUUAUGCUACAUUCAGAUUGCCUCCAGAUGCUGAAAACUUGCCUGCAUAUGACAACUACAGUGAUUCUGUAUACAUGAAAAUAAAGAAGAAGUCACAACAAAUCAAUGCUGAUGGAGACUGGGUACCACUCCACAGUUUGUACCAGGCCCAUAGAUACUGACAUUAGCUGCAGUUAGGACCUUCAGUGGCGAGAAAGAGUACAAACAGCUGAAAAUGUCAGCACAUCAUUUCCAAAGUGCCUUUGUUCCAUAUACUUGUAUGUAGAAGAAACUGUGACAGACAGUAGGAAUUGCUGUGACAAUAAAUAUUUCCACCAGAAGACAAAGAAAGAUUGCAGCCCCUUUACUCAAAAUGACCUGAAUAAGGCCUGUCUUCUGUUAUUAUCUGAAAUCUCAUAUCAGAUCUGGAUGACUUUACACAAAACAAAUGUAAUGCCAGGAUUAUCUUUUUAUAAGGAAUUUCAAUAUUGGUACAUACAAUGAAGCUAUAGCUGUGAGCUGCAUGACAUUUGUGAAGAAGUUAAAACUGGGACUUUUUUGCAAUCAUCUACAACUAUCAUUGACUGGAAUGUGUUCAACUGCUCUCCACUCCAUGUUGCUGACCUCAGUAAACAAGAACAAAUAUUUUUGGAACUAAAUGUCAAUACAUCAGUCUGUAAUACUUCAUUGUAUUUUCACUGUACAGCAGUGAC